AUAUAAGAUAGCUUGAGAGACAAUAGUCGGAAGAUCAUUAACCCUUGCGCCAGCUUAAAUAUAAAAAAAGAGACUACAAUAAAGUCCUAUUUAGAAAAUGCAACUCUUACAAAAGGAGUCUCUGCCGUAGAAUAACAAAGCGCAUACAGGCGCCGCCAAGUAUAAUUCUGUCGGACCAAUCGUAUGACUUGCGAUCCAUUACGUCAGGUUGGUGUAUAUCAAUUGCGUAGGCGGAUUAAAAAUACGACAUUUGCGUUCAAUACAGUCUUCAGGAGUCAAAGGAAGCCGGUGAAUUCAAGGAAGUCCAUGGUAACUCAGAUGACAAGAACUCUGCUAAGAAGCCAAGCAGCAGUGCGUAGAAUUAAUUUUCUGAAUCCUCGACGUUAUUUCUUCCAUUGGCUGACAGUGAUGUUCAAUAGGGUUGACGAGGAUCGCGUAAAGGAACUUGGGCCCGAUCGUGUCUGUGCGGAAUGGCUUCUGAGGAAUGGCGCGUCUGUCAAAUGGAAGGGAGUUAAGGAUUAUAUAAAGGAUUAUAACCUCUUACCUGGUACCGAAGAAAAGGAACAUUAUUAUAUUGAAGCUGCCGAUGCUACGGACUCUGCGAUUAGCGAUAUAGGGUUUCCUCACUUUAAAGGUUGCAGGUAUAUCGAGGAGAUAAAACUCGUCCGCUGUGCUUAUAUUGAAAAUGAGGCUUUACCUUUACUUCGUGUAAUAAAAGAAUCGCUGAACCAGCUCGAAAUUGUAGAUUGUUACAACAUAACAGAAGAGGGUCUUUAUAGCUUGCAGAAUCUUUGGAAUUUGAAGAAACUAAGGAUAAGUGGUACGCCUUACGUCAAGGACAGAUCCCAGGUCUUGAAUAAACUACAGAAAAGUUUGCCAAACUGUAAUAUCCAAUAUGAUGAAUAAUAAUUUUUUCAAUAAAUAAAAUAAAUACAUUAAUUA